CUCAUCCACCAAGUUUUUCUUAUCUGAACUCUUCCUUGUCCGAAUGUAACACGUUUUCUUAUUAUUGUUUUCUUUUAACAAGUAUUCUUCGUUUUAAUGAAACGAGAAACGUGGUGUGAGGAACGGCACUCUGAUAAAAGCAAGACGAUUAAUAUUCACACUACGGAGGGCUAUCAGCCUCUUCGUCUCACUUGGACAUGAGGACAUCCUUGGGAAUUAAACCUUUACCGCACAUUGAUCCUGACCCUGUGAAUAUGGACUUUUACUGAAUUGCCAUCUUUUGACAACGGAGAAGUUGCUUUGGGCUAUUUGGAUGAAUUUGUAAUAUUUUUUUCUGCAGUUCUAUUUUUGUGAAAUUCCGUGGUAGGACUGUGCGCAUCGGAACUUUGACUGUGAACCACUCAAUCUGCCUAUCUUCAUCAUGGUAUACUGAUUGUUGGGUGGGAAGUUACUUUCGCUUGGUUCAAGAAUGGCGAGGAUUCUUCUGAUAUUUGCGUUGUGUGCAGCGGUACCAUGGUUCACGGGGCCAGCGAGCGCACAGACCCACGAAGUUCAAAGCAGGGCCGUUGGAGUGAGGGGGAAAGUGGAUCUGACUACACAAUGUUCUGAAGAAGGGAAGGCCAUCGAGAAAGCCUCAAUAAAUAUGCUGUGCCUGGGCACCAAGAACGGACUGAGCCUGACCGGCUCCACGGAGGAGCAGUACAAACGCCUCAAGGACAUGUACACCGACUGCGAGAUCGUCAUGGGCAACCUGGAGAUCACGCACAUGGAACACAGCCGCAACUUCUCUUUCCUCCAGUCUAUCAGGGAGGUGACUGGGUACGUACUGAUUGCCCUUAACCAGUUCAGCCGGCUGCCGCUGGACCACCUGCGAGUGAUCCGUGGCACCUCCCUGUACGAGGGCAGGUAUGCGCUGGCUCUGCUGGUGAACUACCAGAAGGACGGGGUGAAUGGGCUGAAGGAACUGGGUCUCACACACUUCACUGAGAUUCUAAAUGGUGGUGUCCAGAUCGUCCAGAAUCGCUUCCUGAGUUAUGCACCAUACGUCAACUGGCAGGACAUUGUGAGUGGACCGGUUGUCACAAUAGAGGAGAACAGAGAGUCAUUGCCGUGUGAUGAGUCCUGUGAAGCGGGGCGGUGUUGGGGUCCAGGGAAUGACUCCUGCCAGAUUUUGACUAAGAUUGGGUGUGCGCCCCAGUGUAAUGGCCGCUGCUUCGGUUCCAGCCCCAGUGACUGCUGCCACAUGGAGUGUGCAGGAGGAUGCACUGGCCCUCUGGACACACACUGCUUCGCUUGCCGAAACUUCAACAACUCUGGCUCCUGCGUCUCGCAGUGUCCCCAGGCAUUCAUCUACAACAAAGAGAAGUACAAGAUGGAGCCCAACCCCAAUGCCAAGUAUCAGUACGGCUCCAUCUGUGUCUCUCAGUGUCCUACAAACUUCCUGGUUGAUGGCAGUUCCUGUGUGAGCCGUUGUCCUUCAGACAGAACAGAGGUGGAGGGAGGGAUGGAAAAGAGAGCCCCACAGGAGGGGCUCCACAAAGCUUGUUUGGGCACUGGGGGAUCUGAGGCGAGACAAACAGUGGAUGCCCAGAACAUUGACAGCUUUAUCAACUGUACAAAGAUCCAGGGCAGCCUGCAUUUCCUGGUCACAGGCAUUGAGGGUGACCCAUAUAAGAAAAUCCCCCCUCUUGAUCCCAACAAACUGCAAGUGUUCAGGACAGUCAGAGAGAUCACAGAUAUCCUAAGUGUGCAGUCUUGGCCAAAAGAAAUGCAGAAUCUGUCCGUGUUUUCCAAUCUGGAAACGAUACAGGGCCGAACACUCUUCAGAACUAAAAGCUCAAGAAGAGGUUACGCUCUGCUGGUGAUGAAGAUCCCCUCGCUAACGUCGCUGGGGCUUCGCUCCCUGCGUCAGAUAAACGACGGCAGCGUGUACAUCACGGGGAACAAGCAGCUGUGCUACUACCACACCAUCAACUGGACCCGGCUCUUCAGCGGCCACCGCAGCCAACGCAGGCAGAAAAACCUGGACAUCAAGGACAACCGCUCCAACAAACAGUGUGCUGCUGAUGGGUUCGUGUGUAACCCCCUCUGCUCCUCUGAGGGCUGUUGGGGCCCGGGGCCCGAUCAGUGUUUGUCCUGUAAGAACUUCAGCAGAGGCAGAGAGUGCGUGGACGAGUGCAGAUCUUUCUUCGGUAAGGGCCGUGAGUUUGUUGGACCAAACGGAGAUUGUAUGCCUUGCCACCCACAAUGUCAAGUUCAUGAGGGAGAGCCAACAUGCACUGGCCCGGGAGCUGAUGAGUGUGUAGUCUGCGCUAGCCUGAAGGACGGGCCGCACUGUGUGUCGACUUGCCCCAAAGGGGUGAUGGGAGAUAAGGGCCUCAUCUUUAAAUAUCCCAGCACCCAGAGGAGCUGCGAGCCCUGCGAUUCCAACUGCACCCAGGGAUGCACAGGGCCUAAAUUGAGCGACUGCCUGGGGCCACAUCGGUUGAUCGCUUACCUGCCAAUCACAGGUAUCGUGCUGGGUGUGAUAACAUCCGUGAUGGUGGCUAUGGCAGUGUUUCUUGUGGUCAUGAUUUAUCGUCGCAAUCAGGCCAUCCGACGCAAACGGGCCAUGAGGAGAUACCUGGAGAGAGGAGAGAGUUUUGACCCACUGGAGCCAGGGGAGAAAGGUGCUAAAGUUCAUGCUCGUGUGCUAAAACCAUCUGAGUUACGGAAGAUCAAACUUCUGGGCACUGGUGUGUUUGGCUCUGUGAAUAAGGGAAUAUGGAUACCAGAGGGGGACACGGUGAAGCUCCCGGUGGCAAUAAAGACCAUUAAUGACCGCACCGGCAGACAGAGCUUCCAUGAGGUCACGGAUCACAUGCUGGCAAUGGGGAGCUUGGACCACCCUUGCAUUGUGAGGCUUUUAGGCAUCUGCCCAGGUGCCAGUCUGCAACUGGUUACUCAGCUCUGUCCCCAGGGGUCCUUACUGAAGCACAUCAGGCAGCAACGGGACAACCUGAACCCACAAAGACUGCUCAACUGGUGUGUCCAGAUUGCCAAGGGCAUGUAUUACCUUGAGGAGCAACGAAUGGUUCACCGAAAUUUGGCAGCCCGAAAUGUUCUGCUAAAGAGUGAUUACCAGGUCCAGAUCACUGAUUAUGGCAUUCCCGAUCUCUUGUUUCCAGACGAUAAAAAGUACUACCACGAGGCCAAGACACCUAUAAAAUGGAUGGCCUUAGAGAGCAUCUUAUUCCGCCGCUACACUCAUCAAAGUGAUGUCUGGAGCUAUGGUGUGACUGUUUGGGAAAUGAUGUCCUAUGGGGCUGAGCCAUACGCAUCAAUGCGACCACAGGAGGUACCAGACCUUCUUGAAAAGGGUGAACGGCUGACCCAGCCACAAAUCUGCACCAUCGAGGUCUACAUGGUCAUGGUCAAAUGUUGGAUGAUUGAUGAGAAUGUGCGACCCACUUUCAAAGAGCUUGCCAAUGACUUCACACGCAUGGCAAGAGAUCCUGCUCGUUACCUGGUCAUUAAGGGGGAUCACCGUUUGCCUGACCUAUCUCCCGAUGAGGCCUACCAAGGAGGGACAGAGAUGGACGUCCUCGGGGUUGGACUGGACGACCAGGAGGAGGAUAUCAUGGACGAUGCAAUAGGGCCAGCUUCCCUGUAUCUGUCACCCCCCAGAAGCCAAUCCCGCUCUUUUCUUCGGACAGACAGCGUCAGGGCGGGUCCAAGCCCUCCUGGUUAUCUACCCAUGACCCCUGGUGGAGAUGGCCAUAGCCAAGCAGCAUGGUCAUCCCGUGCUCGGCUAAACUCUGCCCGCACGGUGUCUGAGAGCUCGGAGGGGCGAGGCACCAUGGUCGACGUGGAGAUACACGAGGACUUCACAUGCUCUGGAAGUCUGAGGAGGCCGCGUCAUCGCGAAGACAGCGCAUACAUGUCACAGAGAGAUAGCCUAUCAGGACAGUUGGACACACCCCUCCCUGACACGCCCUCUCCAAAAACAGAUGGGGAGGAGGAUCAGAAUGGAUAUGUGCUUCCUGGGCUUAUGGACAGUCCUGAGAGAGAAGCUCGACUUGCCUCCAGGGAGUACGAAUACAUGAACAAACAGAGCUUCUUUGGGAGAUCAAAUCCGGAACGUCGCCGCCGUCUGGCAUCUGACAGCAGCUACAAGUCGCCUAGCUCCCGCCACCUAGCCAAAAGGUCAUCCAUCGAGGGUUCGGAGAGCAGUGGGGCAGUGUCCCAGUUCUCCACGGACGAGUUGAGUCGAAGCGAAGACGAGGAACUCCUGGAGUACGAGGGCGGGUAUGUGGACCCAGAGGACGAGGCAGCGGAGUACGAGUACAUGGAUGUGCGGGGUGGUCGGAGGGCAAACGCGGAGCCUGCUGGCCUCAAAUCUGCCUUCCCAAACGCAGGAGCCAGGGUGGAACUCACACCAACCAUCGAAAGAGCCUGGUCGGAGGACGACGGAGAGGACGAGUACGUAGAGGAGGACUAUGAGUACAUGAAUAGACAGCCAAAGCUGAAAGGGAGGCUGGUGGGAAAAGCUGGGCAGGACUCACAGAGGCUGAGAGUGGGCAAAGGGGAGGCGUAUGAGUACGAGGACAUGGAGUGCCUAAGCGUUGGCCCCGCAGCUGGAGCGGGAGAAGCUGUGGAGUACCAGAACAUCCAGAGCGAGGCGGACGAGGAAGAGGGUGCAGCUACGCCCCAGGCUGAGGAAGAGCCAGAGACUCAACAACCUGCCGGAGUUGGCCCAUUCAUCAGAGUGCGGGCUGGAGUCGGGGUGGGGGACCAGGGCGGGGGGGAUCAAUCCUUUGACAACCCAGAUUAUUGGCACAGCAGACUGUACAACAAAGCCAAUGCUGUGCGUACAUAGAUGCAGAUAUGCGUAAGAGAAACAUGUUUUUGUGCUUACAUUAUAGACACUUUGGUGUGUGUGUGUGUGUGUGUGUGUGUGUGUGUGUGUGUGUGUGUGUGUGUGUGCCUGUGUGUGUGUGUGUGUGUGUUUUACAGAGAGGGAGAGAGCAAAUAGCUCAAACAAAGGGAAACCAACGAUGAAACGAAAGCUUUUUAAACAAAGUUUACAAAUAUAGCCAAUCAAGUGAAUCGAUAUGUGUUUUUAACUAUGGCUUUUUUUGCAAAACUCAACACACAAAUGGCAAAACCUCUCACCCAAUCAGCAAAACAUUGUAGUUCUCUUGCAAAAGCUAACACACCUUGCUUAAC